CGUCACACCACUGCCGGCUUGCACACUGGAAGUACAAAUAUUGCUAAUGGCGGGUAUUUGUAUGAAACAUGCGUUUUGAAGCUAUCGCCCACAAAUUCCCUGUAUUGAUGUAAAACUGAGAAUUAUAAACACAAAGCAGCGUCUUCGAGGAUCAACAAAGCCGCGCGUUUAAAUAAGACGUCCGGACGACACUGCAACUGUUAACAUCCCAGAAUGUGGCGGCUCAGCAGUAGGUUCACGCUAAGUACUGAUACAAUCUGAAAGUGAGCAGGAGGAACACGCGCGCGCGAGCUGCCAAAUAGCUUGAGGAGCGAUGCUAGCUCAGCUAACCGACUCCGUCCACUGCUACCUCACAAAUGCUAGGUGAACCUGAAGGACGGGGGAAGUUUAGCUAGGAACGACACACACACACACACACACACACACACCCGGACUUCAUUCAUUCGGCCACAAGCUUCGCUGCCGCGGAGCCGCAGCUUUGUGAAGUACAAAUGAUUUGGUUAAAGUUAACGGUGUUGCUAAUAUUGACCGUUUCCCGAGUGAACUGUAGCUCGAAACUUAAUAUCCCCAAAGUGUUGUUGCCCCUCGCCAGAAGCACAAGAAUCAACUUCACGCUGGAAACUACUGAAGGUUGCUACAGAUGGACUUCCACCAGACCAGAGGUAGCAAGCAUCCAGGCUGUGGAUGAAGAGCCCAGCAGAGGCUGCUCCAAAAAGGCUGUCCUCCAGGCUCUCUCCACGCAACCCUCCAGGCUAACGAGCAUCAUUCUGGCUGAAGAUGUUGUGACGGGACAGGUGCUGCGAUGUGACGCUAUUGUUGAUAUCAUCAAUGAGAUUCAGAUUGUGUCGACCACCAGAGAGCUACACCUUGAGGACUCGCCCCUGGAACUUAAAAUUCAUGCACUGGACUCUGAAGGAAACACAUUUAGCACCCUUGCAGGUCUGGUUUUUGACUGGACCUUAGUGAAAGAUGUAGAUGUGAAUGGAUUCUCAGACUCUUAUAAUUCAUUACGGGUACUUAAAUUCUCUGAGUCCACAUACACACCUCCUGGAUACAUAACUGAAAUGGAGCGUGUUGGGAAACAGGGUGAUAUUAUUUUGGUGUCAGGACUGAAAACAGGACAUGCUAAACUGAAGGCCAAAAUACAAGAGUCUCUGUAUAAGGAUGUGGGUGCAGCGGAGGUGAGGCUGCUGAUUUUAGAGAACAUCCUGCUCAGUCCUGCGCAUGACGUCUACUUGUUGGCGGGAACUUCUAUUCGAUAUAAAGUCCUGAAGAUAAGACAGGGCACAAUCACAGAGCUCUCUAUGCCUUGUGAUCAAUAUGAACUACACCUUCAGAACAGUGUAGUUGGCCCUAAUGGAAACCCAGACGUUGCUGUGGCCAGUCUGGAUCAUAGCACCUCUACAGUUACGGCAGUUCAGCUGGGACAUAUCAACGUGGUCCUGGAUCACAAGAGCCUUCGGAUGCAAGGAGUGUCUCGCCUACCCAACAGUACACUGUAUGUGGUUGAACCAGGCUAUCUAGGUUUUAAAAUCUAUCCAGGAGACAGCUGGGUUCUUGAAACAGGAAGAGUGUACGAUAUCCUCAUUGAAGUGUUCGAUAAAUCUGGCAACAAAAUUUACCUCUCGGAUAACGUGCGUAUUGGCACUGUUUUCCCUGAAGCGUACUUUAAAGUCCUUGAGUCAUCUGUGAACGGAUCAUAUCACCGUGUCAAAGCCCUGAACGAUGGCCUAACUCUCAUUGAUGCCACCCUAGAAGCUGUUGUGGACGAGAGUGGAAGGAUCCAUGCACUUGUCAACCCAGUCCACAAUGAACAGGAUGUGGAAAUCUAUAAUCCCAUAAUUCUUAGUCCUAGUAUUCUUACAUUUCCCUGGCAGCCCAAGGUCGGAGCUUAUCAGUACACAAUAAAGGCAACAGGAGGGAGUGGGAAUUUUAGCUGGUCUUCCUCCAAUACAGCUGUUGCCACGGUGACCGUGAAAGGAGUGAUGACAACAGUCAGUGACAUAGGCGUCAGUGUUAUUUAUGCCCAUGAUCUACGCAACUCUUUACAUUUUGGCCACAUGAAGGUUUACGUUGUCGAGCCUGUGGCCAUGGACUUUACACCGUGCCCGGUAGAGGCCAGGGUGGGCAUGGUUCUGGAUUUGCCCCUCAGGAUUUUUGGCCUGCUGGAAGAGGCAGAGAAGGAGCGGGUCAUGCUAAGUGACUGCUCCCACUUUGACCUGCAGGUUGAGGAGGAGAACCACGGUAUCUUCCAAAGGCUAGAUGGAUGGUUGUCUCCUGGCCAAAACCACUGCAGUGGGGUGAGAGCCAAGGCCCUGGCCCCGGGAUACACCAUGCUAACUGUCAGCUACACCCAUGGCAACGUCCAUCUCAGCGCCAAGAUCACGAUUGCUGCUUAUCUGCCCCUCAGAGCAGUUGAUCCUGUGUCUGUGGCCCUGGUAACUCUCGGAUCAUCUAAAGAAAUGCUGUUUGAAGGCGGACCACGGCCGUGGGUUUUGGAGCCUUCAAAGUUCUUUUGCAACCUGAGGGCUGAAGAUGAGACCAGCGUGACUCUUACUCUGACCAGCCCCUCAUCUCACAAUUAUAAUCAACACUGGGUCAGAGCAAUGUGCAGGGCCCUGGGAGAGCAGGUCUUAGAAGUGAUGGUGGGGAACAAGGCCAGUGUAACCAAUCCUUAUCCUGCUGUGGAACCAGCAGUAGUUAAGUUUGUAUGUGUUCCUCCAUCUCGCCUUACUCUGGUCCCAGUCUACACCAGCCCACAGCUGGACCUGUCUUGCCCACUGCUGCAGCAGAACAAACAAGUGGUACCUGUGUCAAACUAUCGUAACCCCGUUUUGGACUUGGCUGCUUUUGAUCAACAAGGAAGGAAAUUUGAUAACUUCAGCUCUUUGAGCAUAUUGUGGGAAUCAACAAAGGUGUCGGUUGCCAGCAUUGAACCCACUUUGCCAAUGGAGCUGCAUCAGUUUAAGGACGGCAACAAACAGAUGAAACUUCACGGGCGUCAGACGGUUCUUGUCCAUCAUCAGACAGGCACUGCAGCCAUUACAGUGACAGCUCUGGGUUAUCAGGCUUCACAUCUAGCAGCAGCCAAUGUUCCCAGUCCACAUGAGCCCUUCACCUCCGUCUCAGCCACUCUAGAGCUGCUGUUGGUGGAAGAUGUGAAAGUUUCCCCGGACACCGUUACCAUAUACAACCACCCAGAUGUGCGGGCAAACCUGGCCCUACGAGAGGGGUCAGGGCACUUCUUUGUCAAUACCAGCCUCAAAGGAAUAGCAGAUGUCAUAUUUCAGGAGACCCAAGGAACAGCUCAGGUUGCUCCUGUCCACCCUGGGGUGGUGAAGGUGAUGGUUCAUGACCUUUGUCUGCCAUUUCCAGAACCUGCCAAAGCCACAGUGCAUGUUUCAGACAUCCUGGAGGUUUAUGUGAGAGUCGUUGACAAGGUGGAGAUCGGUAAAUCUGUGAGAGCUUAUGUCAGAGUUUUGGAUGAUGACAGGAAUCCCUUCCCAGCUACUUAUUUUAAUUUCAUGAAUCUCAAACUCAAGGCAGCUUCUACCAUAGUGUCUCUGAAACCACUAUCAGAGUCUGCAGAGAAUGACACCGCUGUGUUCCUGGUGAAAGGUAUUUCCAUUGGUCAGACCACUCUGUCAGCAUUCGUGGUGGAUAAAAAUGGAAGAAAGAUUGCCUCUCUACCUCAGCAAAUUGAGGUGUUUCCACCAUUCAAACUCAUCCCACGGAAAGUGACUCUGUUAAUUGGCGCAAUGAUGCAGAUCACAUCUGAGGGAGGCCCUCAGCCUCAGUCCAAUAUCCUCUUCUCCAUUUCUAAUGAGGAUGUAGCUUCUGUUACUGGCAUGGGUCACGUCAGGGGUGUUGCAGUUGGCAAUGUCACUGUGACUGGACUGGUCCAAGCUGUCGAUGCAGAAAGCGGGAAGCUCGUAGUUGUGUCUCAGGAUCAAGUAGAUGUUGAGGUUGUGACUUUGACAUCCAUUCGAAUCAGAGCACCUAUUACAAGAAUGAAAACAGGAGCACAAAUGCCUGUGUAUGUAAUGGGUGUGACCAACAGCCAGACGCCUUUCACCUUCGGCAAUACCGCCCCUGGCCUCAGCUUCCACUGGUCCACCACCAAGAGAGACAUUCUGGAUGUUCAGUCACGACACGCUGAGGCAAACGUGGAGCUCCAGUCAGAGCACAAUUUUGGAAUGAGGGUGACUGGAAAAACUAGAGGGCGGACUGGGCUGAAGGUAGUACUCAGAGUUACUGACCCAGCCGCUGGACAGGUACUGGGCAAUGUACAGGAGCUCCGAGAUGAGAUCCAGAUUCAGGUUUAUGACAAGCUGCACAUGCUUAAUCCUGAAGUAGAGGCUGGUGAGAUACUGAUGGCUCCAAACUCUGCUCUCAAACUCCAGACUAACAGGGAUGGUGUCGGUUCCCUCUCUUACCAGGUGCUAGAUUGCCCUGAACAGGUUGUUGUCGCUCAAGUAGAUGACAAAGGUUUUCUGUCCUCCGGCUCUGUCACUGGGACCUCCUCUCUGCUGGUCACCUCCCAGGAGACCUUUGGUGUCAAUCAAACGCUCAUCCUGACUGUGAAGGUGGUGACAGUGUCGUAUGUGCGCCUCAACACCAGUCCCGUUCUCUACACCCACAGCAGAGAGAGCCUCGUUGCUUUCCCUCUGGGCAUCGUGCUCACCUUCACCGUUGGCUUCCAUACCAGCUCCGGUGAGGCUCUACACAGCUCCAACUCGGACCUCACGUUUUCUACCAACCGAGAUGACCUGGUUCAGGUGGGAGUUGGUCCUGGUAACCACACCCUGACGGUGCGGACCGUCAAUGUGGGACUCACCCUGCUGGCAGUGUGGGACAGUGAAAACAUGGGCGUGGCCGACUACGUUCCGCUUCCUGUUGGACAUGUCAUUUACCCACAGGAGGCCCAGAGGCUGGUGGUCGGAGAUGUGGUCUGCUUCACUGUCCAGCUAACCAACACCGAUGGGACUGCUGGUACUUGGAGCUCCUCUGUACACAGUGUUCUUCAGGUGGACCCUAAAAGUGGUGCAGCUGUGGCCAGAGACUCUGGGACAGUCACUGUGUACUAUGAAAUACCUGGGCUUCUGAAAACCUACAGAGAGAUCUCAGUGGAAGCAGCUACACGGACGGCAGCUAUGUCCCAGGCUUCACCCGUCAGGAACGGAAAGGAGACAAAGGUCCUUCUCACUACGAGAGAGAGAGGAACCAACCUCAUCGGAACCUGCUCCUCUGCCCAGACUGAAGCAAUUCCUCAUCUGCAGCCAGAAGCAUCUGUCAGUUGCCACCUCAGCUUCACCAGUGAUGCCAUCGACUUUACCGCAAACGAUGUGUUCAAAACGCACUUGAGCUUUGACUCAAACAUUGGCCUCUACACGUGCUCCAUGACCUUGCAGCCAGUGACUGACCAACAGACCCGCGUGCUCAGCAUGUCUAUGACCAACCUGCUGGUGAAAGCCGGUCUAAAGGACAGUGCCUUCUCAGGGGAACAAGUCAGCGCCAGGCUGCCCAUAGAGCCGGGGCUCUACUCUGACCAGAGUGAGCUGCUGCUCUCAAACCUUCACCCGUCAGCUGAUCUCACAAUCUACGGCCCUGCUGCUGCCCUGUCCAACAUGGAGGUGGUGUCUACCUCCCCCAGCAUCGCUGUUCAUGAGAAGGAGGUUCACCGUGGCUUCCCCAGCUUCUCCAGGUACACCAUCAGCGUGGUGGAUGCUCAGGCGCCAGUGUCUGCCUCCGUGUCCAUAAGCAGCAGCGCCUCCGGCCAGAGUCUCGUCAUCCCAGUCACUUUGAUUCAUGUGGCUGAUGUCAACGCUGCCGUCCAAGCUGCUCCUUCAGGUGCUAAGCCGGAGGAAGGACUCUCCCUGCACAGCUUCAUCAACUCCUACCAGAUGAUGUUCUUCACCCUGUUUGCUCUGCUGGCCAGUACGGCUGUAAUCAUCAUCGUCCUCCACUCGCUGUUCACUCCCAGAGAACAGUCCUAUCACCCUGCUUUCAUCCAGAGGACACCACCUCCUGCCUCAGGAUUAGACGCACACGUGAACUCCUUCCAGCGCUCGGUACCCAGGACCGACCCGAGCAGCAGCCCCCGGCUGCGUCUCUUCUCUCCAGACUACAAGUCCUGAUCAAGUCGUGCUCUUCAAGGCAGAGCACCGCGGGCCGCUAAUGCAUAUUGAAUGUGCCUCUCGUCCUCAGGAUAAACGCUGAGGGAUGACUGAGUGAGGGUGCAGAUAAACCAAACCUUCCACAGAAGCAGAUCACUGACGACCUAUAACGGAGCUAUUUUCAACGCAUGCGUGUGGAAACAGGUUAUUUUAUAUGACGAGAUCUGAAAACUGUUAAAAAACCAAAUCACUAGUUUGUGCUUGAAGGUUGUUUUGUUUUGACUUUUUCUGUGCCACUCAUUGUAUUUCACAUUUCAAACAUAGUAACUCAGGAUGAACCAUGUUGUGAUUAUUAACACGCUAACGUAACUUACACGUUAGCGUUUUGUGAAAGUGUGUCGACUGAAUCCGUCCUCAGGCCGUUAAAGGUUCUGGUUCUGUUCUGGGAGAAAGUUCACCUCCCAGUUGUUCUGUUUUGAGCCACAAUAAUCCAGCUACUGUUUAAUUCAUGAAUGUGAAGCAGCUAAGAAAUGUGAACCAUUGAUUUAGUUUUUAUGCCAGUGAAGCUUCAUUAAAAGCAACAAAUUUGACCUGGACUCAUUUGUGAACUUUGAAUCUCUGUUCGCAUCCAGAGAAUUAGUGAAACCCGUCUGACCUGCUGGACGUUCACCGCGCGUAACUCUGUUUUAUGAAGAAAAUAUUUUUGUAUACGAAGACAUUUUUCACAAGGAAUCUUAUUUAUGUUGGUGACGUUCAGUUUUUCUGUGAGCUGUGUGUUUGUGAGAUUUACUGGCUUCAGUGCUGUUUGUGUUUAUACUUAUGCCUUAUUAAUCAUAUUGUAUCUCAACCACUUCAGCACAAUGCAAACGUGACUGUUUGCUUGUGUGCAGAUGCUUUUGCCUUUUGCUAAUUAAAACCUUAAAUUUUUA